AAGACUCAGUGGAAAGUUACAACUUACAAGGACCCCACUUGGGUCCUCCAGCUUUGGUUUGUGUGGUGCGUCCUCUACAUAAAUAGCUCACUCACCCGCAUUCUCUUCCAUCAGCAACACUACCAAUCCCAACUUUGUAGCAAAGCAAAUUCACAACCCAUCAACGAUGGCAACACAAUUAGCAGCAGUUCCUAGUUAUUGGGUCACAACUGCAGCCACAUGCCUUGCAGCCUUUGCUAUCCUCCUCCUCUUCAAGCGACGGCAGAACAGCCACAACAAAUACAAUCUACCACCGGGCCCAAAACCAUGGCCUAUCAUAGGAAACCUCAACCUCAUAGGACCACUCCCGCACCGGUCCAUCCACACUCUAAGCCAGAAGUAUGGACCCAUCGUGCAUGUCUGGUUCGGCUUCAACCCCGUUGUCGUGGGUUCCUCCGUGGACAUGGCCAAAGCCAUCCUCAAAACCCACGAUGCCACCCUUGCAGACCGGCCCAAAUUUGCAGCCGGAAAAUACAUAGCCUACAACUACUCAGACAUAACUUGGUCCCAAUAUGGCCCAUACUGGCGCCAAGCCCGUAGAUUGUGCUUGAUGGAACUGUUCAGUGCAAAACGCCUCGAUUCCUAUGAGUAUAUUAGAAAGCAAGAGAUGAGUGCUUUUUUAAAUGAUCUCUUCUUCAAUUUCGCAAACAAAACAAUCUUGUCGAAAGACCAUCUUUCAACUCUGAGCCUGAACGUGAUUAGCCGCAUGGUGUUGGGGAAGAAGUACUCGGAGAAGAGUGAGAACUCCAUAAUUUCCCCUGAGGAGUUCAAGAAGAUGCUCGAUGAGUUGUUUUUGCUGAACAGGGUUUACAACAUUGGGGACUUCAUCCCGUGGAUUGAUUUCUUGGACUUGCAGGGUUACAUUAAAAGGAUGAAGGCUUUGGGGAAAAAGUUUGAUAUGUUCAUGGAGCAUGUGUUGGAGGAACACAUUGAGAGAAGGAAAGGGGUGAAGGAUUAUGUUGCCAAAGACAUGGUGGAUGUGCUUUUGCAACUUGCUGAGGAUCCUACUCUUGAGGUCAAGCUAGAGAGGCGUGGAGUAAAAGCUUUUACUCAGGACCUAAUAGCAGGUGGGACAGAGAGCUCUGCCGUAACUGUAGAAUGGGCAAUCACUGAGCUCUUGAGAAAACCAGAGAUCUUCAAGAGAGCAACAGAGGAGCUAGACAGGGUGGUAGGGAGAGAAAGAUGGGUUGAAGAGAAUGACAUUGCAAAUUUACCUUAUGUUAAUGCAAUUGUUAAAGAAGCGAUGCGGUUUCACCCUAGUGCACCAAUGUUAGUGCCAAGACUAGCACGAGAGGACUGCAACAUUGGUGGGUAUGAUAUCCCCAAAGGAACACAAGUGCUUGUCAAUACUUGGACUAUUAGUAGAGAUCCUGAAAUUUGGGACAAUCCAACGGAAUUCAAACCAGAGAGGUUUAUAGGGAAGGAGAUUGACGUGACAGGCCAUGGCUUUGAGUUGUUGCCAUUUGGUGCGGGUAGAAGGAUUUGUCCUGGGUACCCUCUUGGCCUUAAAGUAAUUCAAGCAAGUUUGGCCAAUCUGUUGCAUGGCUUUAACUGGAGACUGCCUGAUACUAUAAAGAAGGAGGACUUGAACACGGAAGAGAUUUUUGGGUUGUCCACACCUAAGAAAAUACCUUUAGAAGUUGUUGUUGAGCCUAGACUCCCAAACCAUCUCUAUUCCCUCUAAGUGUAUACUCUAAUCUUAGAUUUUCUCUCUAAGAACAUCAAGAAUAAUGAGAUUUGUGGAAGCUCAAUGUCAUCAAACUCGUGGCAAGAAAAAAAAAUUCAAUUUUGUAAGAUUGAUGAAAAAAUUAAGAUGUUUGAGAGUAGGAGUGCUAAUUAUCAGUGCGCGCGUGUAACCUCAGUUCGAAUUGUCAGUGUUUCACUGUUUUGUAAUCUUUCUGUAUCUUAUUGAAAUAUAUGAAAUGUUUACUUUUACUUGUGUUAAA